AUAUGUUUCUCAUACGAAAGUAGUGUGAGACGUUACUGUCAAAUCCAGUGUCAUUCAGUAUUAUUCAUGGACGGUUAUAUAGUAUCAUCGAAAGAACGGAGCAAGUUAUAAUUUUCUUAAUGAUAUUAAUAUUAUCGUUAUAUCAUUUUUCGAUAUUUAUAUUUCCUCAUGACAAUUAGUUUUAUUAGAUUUCAAUGGAUAAAUCGUAAAUCAACAAUUUCUAACCUAAUUCUGAGAAAUUAUUUAUACGUAAAUUUGUACAUUAGAUGAUAAAAAUAUUAAUAUAUAUUUUUAUUAUUGAAUUAUUGUUGAAAAUUAAUAUAAAAACGUUAAAUCAAUAUAUUAUUCAUGUUGAUUUAUUCUUAUGUUCAUUUAUUAUAAUAUAACGUGAGAAAUUAGAAAAGAAAAUUAAGGAUUGUCCGAAGGUUUUGCAUUAAGUUACAGCAUAUAUGGUAAGAAUGAACAAAAAACCUAACAGUGCGACAGCUCGCUUAAAGCAGGAUUACUUACGUCUUAAAAAGGAUCCUGUGCCAUAUGUUUUGGCAGAACCGGUACCAUCUAAUAUAUUAGAAUGGCAUUAUGUAGUGAAAGGACCAGAGAAGACACCCUACGAAGGAGGAUUUUAUCACGGAAAACUUAUAUUUCCAGGAGAAUUUCCAUUUCAACCUCCUAGCAUUUAUAUGACAACACCAAAUGGCCGAUUUAAGGUUAAUACAAAACUUUGUUUAUCAAAUACCGAUUUUCAUCCCGACACAUGGAAUCCAGCUUGGAGUGUAUCAACUAUACUAACAGGAUUACUCAGUUUUAUGAUUGAAAAGAGUCCGACUUUUGGCAGUAUUAAUACGACAGAUUAUGAAAAAAGGGAAUUAGCAAUGCAAAGUUUGGAAUAUAAUCUACGUGACAAAAUGUUUUGUGAAUUAUUUCCAGAGACGGUUGAAAUCAUCAAAGUGGAAUUAGAACGUAGAAAAGAAUUGGAAAAACAGGCAAGGCAUCAGUCCACCGCAUCAGAAGUUUCUUCCUUGAUACGAGAUCAAUUACAUAGAGAACAAAGUCCAUUACAUGGUGCAAUUACUAAUCUCGUUGUUCUGAUUGGUUUUGCAGCAUUUGCUUUUAUAGUAAAAUAUGUAUUGAGGAGCAUUGCCACAGAAUAUAGUAAAAGUGAGUAGAUUGGGGAUUUAAAAGUAUUCAAUAAGAAAAUAAAAUGGUAGGAAGAUGACUGCAUGCAUCUCACUUAAGGCUUCUCAAGACUUUAAGACAUUUUGUAUGAAUAAUAUUGAAUCUUAGAACAUUAAGAGGAAUCUUAUUUAUAUGAUUUCUUUUUCUUCUUCUUCUUCUUCUUCUUCUUUUUUUCCCCCCCACAUCGCCCUCCCACCAUCACCACCCUUUUUCACUUUGAUUUGUGUUCGACAAAUAAUUUUGUAAAGCUUGUAAAAAAGUGCAAAACUAAUAUUCUGACUGCCUAACAUCUUUACAUAUAAUGCCUUUAUAUAAUUUAUUGUUACACGAAGAUACGUUAUUAUUCAUACUAUUAAAUAUAAAUUAUUUUUUUUUUUGGAAUAUAUACCAUUUAUAUUUGCGAUGAUUUCUACGAUUAGAAAAUGUUGAAGCCUUAAGAAAAAAAAAAAAAAAAAAAAACAAAAAGAAAAAGAAAGGAGAAAACAAAAAAAAAGAUAAAACGAGAUAAAAGGGAAGGGAAAAAAAAA